GCCGGCGCCAUUUUGCCGGAGCCUGCGACCGAGUGGGAGUGGAGUGGAGCGGCCGUUGUUGCCGACUCUUUCCUCCUCCCCACGGUCCAGUCAGCGGUUGAUUAGGCCAUCGGCCCUCAAGCCGACACUUGUCUCUCAUUUAGUUUUGGGGAGCGUCUGGCCGACAUGAGUGAUGUAGAGGAGAACAACUUCGAGGGCAGAGAGUCUCGCUCUCAGUCAAAAUCUCCAACGGGAACUCCUGCUCGUGUAAAAUCGGAGAGCAGGUCAGGAUCUCGUAGUCCAUCAAGGGUUUCCAAACACUCUGAAUCCCAUUCUCGAUCAAGAUCAAAAUCCAGGUCGAGGUCAAGGAGGCAUUCUCAUAGACGUUACACUCGAUCCAGAUCCCAUUCUCACUCUCAUAGGAGACGAUCUCGAAGUAGGUCAUAUACACCUGAAUACCGGCGUCGUAGAAGCCGAAGUCACUCUCCAAUGUCUAACCGGAGAAGACAUACAGGCAGCAGGGCAAAUCCAGAUCCCAACACUUGCCUUGGAGUGUUUGGCCUCAGUUUGUACACAACAGAGAGAGAUCUUCGUGAAGUAUUUUCUCGAUACGGACCAUUGAGUGGUGUCAAUGUGGUUUAUGAUCAGCGAACUGGACGAUCACGAGGAUUUGCUUUUGUUUAUUUUGAAAGAAUAGAUGACUCAAAGGAGGCAAUGGAAAGAGCAAAUGGAAUGGAGCUGGAUGGUCGAAGAAUUCGUGUGGAUUAUUCUAUUACCAAGAGAGCGCACACACCUACACCUGGCAUCUACAUGGGCAGACCAACUCAUAGUGGCGGUGGCGGUGGCGGAGGUGGUGGUGGAGGUGGAGGAGGUGGCAGGCGUCGGGAUUCUUACUAUGAUAGAGGAUAUGAUCGUGGGUAUGACAGAUAUGAAGACUAUGAUUACCGGUACAGAAGAAGAUCACCUUCUCCUUACUAUAGUCGAUACAGAUCACGAUCAAGAUCUCGUUCCUACAGUCCACGACGCUAUUGAUAAACAGAAUGGUUGCAGAUGAGGACAUCUUUCUCUCUCUCUUUUUUUUUUUUUUUUUUUUUUUUCUUUGGUUUAGUUUGGUGUGUUUCGUUUUUUGUUUUUGUUUUUGUUUGUUUUUGGUUUUGGUUUGGUUUUUGUUUUGUUUAAUUCUGGAUUUCCCCAAGCUUCUAAUCCUUCUUACUCCUUUAAAAAGAACCUUUGGGAAAAAAAAAUCUUCGGUUUAUUUACCAUCUACACUUUGUCAGUUGUAUUGCUGUUUCCACCCCUUUUAGUAUACUCUUAAAGAUAUAAUUAUUGUCAUUUUGAGUAGUUAAACAUCUUAAGUAAAAAAGGAAUCCCCAGUGUUACACUUUGUAAAUGUUUUUUUUUUUUUCCUUUGCUUUGCUUUUACAGAAAAUUAACUCCUGGCUAAUCAAAUGAGGAAAGAAAUGAUCUUUUUAAAGCUUCUUUUGUGUUAGAUAUUGUAUUACACAUUGUACUAGAGACCUGCAUUUAAAACAAACUCCUUUUUUAACUUCUUUUGGGAAAGAUAGUAACACAUAAAGUAGUUCAGUCAUGUCAAGUUUGUCUGGGGUGGCAUGGAGCAGUCAAAUAGUGUAGAAAGUUUGAAGCUAUAAAAGAAAACACUUGGUCAUUUCUUUUGAAGAACGAAAUUUUUGAACCCUAAAAAUUAUGUCUUUUUUUUUUCUUUUUUUUUUUUUUUUAAGAGAUGAAAAGCUUGUGGACUCCUACAAAACAUGUUGUAUUUAAAAUACAUCUGUUAAAAUUUAAAGUGUGAUUUUUGUGUUGAAUUUAUUGAAGUUUUAAGUAUUCCCUUAAUCAGUGAAGGACAACUCUUAUUUAUUACUUAGAGCAAUUGUAUACUUUGCUGUUAGAAAUUUUGGUAUUGGGACAAUGGUUAAGCAGGCUAUUAUUGUAUAGUAUAGAGUCCUUAGAAGAUAAGUGUGAGGAAAAGUAGUCUCCUUUCAAAUAAAAGUUAAUUUCUUUGAAAA